GAUACUUCUGUUUGACAUCAAGAGCAGCCAAUCAAAAAGCAAGCCAAUUUCUCUGGUUAAGACUAUGGGUGUUUCCUUUCCCUCUAUCUUUCCCACCUCGCCUCUUUCACGCUUCCUGCGCAGCUGCUCAUCGUUUCAACGCGCAAGCCAAUAGAGAGGCAGGCGACCGAGUAGAGCACGCCGGAAGUGGCUCUGUGCCAGUAGUUAGGGGAAAGAGAAGGGAAGAAAGAAACGGAGGGACGAGUUGGGGGAAAGCGAAGCUCGAACUGUGGUAGGUGAAGCUGUGAAAGGGAAACCAGCAAUUUGAACUGCCACGAUGAGUGAACCUCAGCAAGUGAGUGCCCUCCCUCCACCUCCAAUGCAGUAUAUUAAAGAAUAUACUGAUGAAAAUAUUCGUAAAGGUGUGGCCCCUAAGCCUCCACCACCAAUUAAAGAUAGCUAUAUGAUGUUUGGAAACCAGUUUCAAUGUGAUGAUCUAAUCAUUCGACCAUUGGAAAGCCAAGGCAUUGAACGAUUGCAUCCUAUGCAAUUUGACCAUAAGAAAGAACUAAGGAAACUCAAUAUGUCAAUCUUGGUCAACUUCUUGGACCUGUUGGAUAUAUUGAUAAGGAGCCCAGGCAGCAUAAAACGAGAGGAGAAACUGGAAGACUUAAAACUGCUCUUUGUCCAUGUACAUCAUCUUAUAAAUGAAUAUCGACCCCAUCAAGCCAGAGAGACAUUGAGAGUCAUGAUGGAAGUGCAGAAACGUCAACGUUUGGAAACUGCAGAGAGGUUUCAGAAGCAUUUAGAGCGAGUUGUUGAAAUGAUCCAGAACUGCCUGGCCUCUCUGCCUGAUGAUUUGCCUCAUUCUGAUGGAGGGAUGAGGAUAAAAACUGAACCUAUGGACCAUGAGGACAGCAUCAAUUGCAUUGGACAGAAUGAGCAGCAGAGAGCAAGCUCUAGCACCAAAAAGGAUCAGAUUUUGGAUAAAGAUGCUAACAUGUGUGGUAUUAUUGAUGAAAUGACAUAAAGAAGGCUCUAGGGAGAUUCUCUUUGGGAAACUGUAAUCCAGUUCUUGAGAGUGAAAGUGAAACUGAUGCUGCCUUUUAAUUGUGAUUAUUAAUAAGUAAUCAUGGAACAUGGUCUGUAAGAAAAUAAACUUGGAUUUAUUUUUAUAGUUUUUCAAUGUGCACUGUGUUUUUGUGUAUUUGGCUUUAAAGAAAAGUAAAAACUAUAGAUGGCUUUAUUCUGGAAAGCAUCACCUUUGUCAUUUGUUACUGCCCAAAUUCUACUGAAAACUCAUUUUGUUGAUUGUGUAUGGGAAGUUCAGUCAGGAACUUAAAUAUAUGCUAGUUCUUUGUUUCAGACACAGUAAAAGAAAUAUUCUACUAUACUGCUACAGUGCUAUGCAUUUUGAUAUAAGUAAACAAAAUUAUCUUAAGAAUUUUCUUUUUGCAUUGUUAUGAAUUUUCAUUCAAGAAUUGAAGUAACUGCUUUUGGUUUAUCACAAACCUUUUUUCCCUUUUUAAAAAAAUGAGUACCUAAAUGUCUCUUGCCUAUUGAGAUGAAUGUACUUCUAAAAAUACUUCUGUUUGUCACAAAACUCUUUGAACCAAACUAAAUUUGCAUCUUACACAAUGACUCCUGUGAUCGUAACAUAAGGUUCUAUUAUAUUGUGAAGGAGUUGCCUCACUGCUUGCUCUGGGACAUAUGGGAUUGGCCUAUUAAACUUAGGUUGCAUCACAGUAGAUUGCAUCCAGUGAUGGUGUUGCACUAGCAGCACCUUUAUAUAUAUAGACCCAGCUGCAGUAGCGGUGAGAGCAGCAGUGGGCGGGGUUGGUGGGAGGUUAGAAAAUUGGAUGUCCUGACUUGCACAGCAGUAAGUGCUUUUGCACUCUCUGCUAAUGCAAUGCCACCGUGGAUAAAAUCCAGUAAAGAUGACUGAAAGUGGGAACUUGGAAGUAAACUCUGCAGUCUAGAAUGAAUGGCUAGUAAGUGUAGCUUUUUUGUGAAGGUUAGCUAUGUUGCUGCAUGGAAAGGGGAUGUCAAUGAGCAAUCAGCAGCUGGACCUCCACUGGUAUGCAAUGGCUACUUGCUCUCCUGCCAACAGACCAUUUUGUCACCAUCAUUAAAUUACUCCUGUGCUUAUUUCUGGCAUGUUCUCUCCUCUAAGAUGCAUUUUGUGCACCUGCCUUUUAUGUUCUGCUUUGUAUUGUCAUGAAUUUAUAAAACAUUGUUUGUUUACCUCAGGAAUGAAUUAGGAGUGUGCAUGUAUUAAACAAAAACGUCUACAAACUUCACUGUGUAUGACAGAAUUCUUGCCAUUCUUGUGAGUUUCCAUGAAAACCCUAUUCAUAGGGUCGCCAUAAGUCGGAAUCAACUUGAAGGCAGUCCAUUUCAUGCUUGCAAAACGUCACCACAGCGUUGUUUUCCUCUGAGUUGACAAAAGAGGGCAGCACUUAACUAUCCAGUUAUGGUGCUAUUUCUCAUAAGCAUCAGAGAUUUCUACCCACGUUUAUCUGUAAAAACAUCCAAGAAAUAUUAGCUGUGGUUUUGCCAUGACAGGCUAUGUUGUUGACUUCAUAUGAAAUGUAUUUAGUGUUAACAUCAUCACACAUUAGGAACAUGAGUAAACUGCUUUUAUAUACCAA